AUGGAUACUCCCCGAACCAACUUAGGUGAUGCCACUUACCUAAGUCGGGCACCUCCCGACUUCGAUAUGACACAGGAAUCUUCUUUUCAUUCUCCAACUAAAGAUAAUAAUCUUGUACAACAAUUACGAAAUGGCCGCGGCGUCAACUUGCGAACACCACGUGGGAACAGUCGUGCGCCUUUAGGUGACAAGAGAAACCUACCAGCUGGAAUAGCGGGCGCAGAGUUCACACCUAUGCUUAAGUCUGCGACGCGAAAUAGUGCACGUCGGUUCGGCAAGGAGAAUACGAAUGGCGUAUCUACGCCCACCUUAAGCAAGAUAAACGAGGACAUAGACAUGACUAACAUUCCUGUCGAGACCUCCUUAUAUGGUCCUUCGAGAGGAGAAUCCUACGUCGAGUCCACGCCUCUACCUCAGGUAGAAAAUAGCAGCGCAGCAUCCACACCACUAGCCGUAUUACCGCGACGCGGUGGAAACAAGGGUCCCUUGCAGGAUGGGAACCAAUUGUCGCUUCGAGAGCAAGAGAACGUGAUCGAUAGGAUCGAGAAGGAAAACUUUGGACUGAAGCUGAAAAUUCACUUUCUCGAGGAAGCAUUGAGGAAAACUGGACCAGGUUUUAGUGAGGCCGCCUUAAAGGAAAACACAGAACUCAAAGUCGAUAAAGUCACGAUGCAGAGGGACCUUCACAAGUACAAGAAACACCUUGCCGCAGCAGAAAAGGACCUCGAGACCUAUCAGCAACAAAUAUUGGAAGUUCAGGAGAAGGCCAAAAAGAAAUAUGCGGAUCAGAACCAGAGAGCCGAGAUCGAAGCAUUACGGCGAAGUCUAGAGGACAAGGAUGCAGAGAUCGAGAACCUACAACGACAACUGCAAAGAGGAAGUAAGGAUCAAGGUACAAUUGAUCAGUUACACGACGAGAUCGGCGACCUCGAGGCGGAUAUACGUCAAAAGGACCGAGAAAUUAACGAACGCGAAGAGGAGGUGGAUGGAUUAAAAAAUAGGCUAGAAGAGGUGGAAGAGAACUGGAGGUCUGCACAAAACAAGGUUGCCGACCUUGAGGCGCAGGCGCAGUCCCCUGAAGACCUAGGAAAGUUGGAAGAAUUACAGGACAAGAUUCGCGACUUAGAAGCAGACUUACGAGAAAAGGAUAUGGAAAUCAACGAUCGUGACGAAGAAUUGAACGACUUAGAAGAGAAGCUAGGGCAGGCAGAAGAGAAAUGGAAGUCUGCCCAAGAAAGAGUAGUUGAGCUUCAGGAGAAUGCCCAGUCGAGCGAGGAGCUCGACGAAGCGAGAGGCACCAUCAGAGACCUCGAAUCUGACGUCCGGCAGUUCGAGCAGCAACUCAACGACAUGAAAGAACAACUUGAAGCUGCAGUGUCAGAUAAAGACCGAGCCGAAGCAGACCUCGAGGAACUCCAGGAAGAAAUGUCUAACAAGUCGCUCGUCACUAAAGGGCUCUCUCGUCAAGUUGAAGAGAAGGUUACCCGCCUGCAGAUCGAAGUGAACCGUUGGCAGGAGAAGUAUGAAGCUCUUGAGCAGGGUGUAGCUGAGAAGGAUAGGUUCAGCACAGAAGUAAAAUCCAGGGCUGAACAACUACUGCAACAACGGGAGUCCUGGGACCACGAACGGAAACUUCUCAUGUCGAAACUAGAAGCCGCGCAGCAAGACUUGGAUAUGCGCACGGAUGAGAAAAACCUUCUACAGCUGCGUCAUGAUGCUCUAGGAGACGAAUCGACUUCUCUAAAAAGGGAUAUGGCACGACUCCAAAAGCAGGUUGACGAGCUUGAGUUCAGCUUGGAUCAGGAGAGGACGCACGGGUCACAGAUUGAACGCGACUUGAACCGCAAGCACCAAGCCGAAGUUGACCGGCUGAACGACGAUAUCGCAGACCUUCAAGAUGAGAUUCAACGAGUCCGUGACGAAGCAUCCGGUGGUCAGUCAGCUUCGGCUUCUUUGGAGCGAGAAGUUUCACGAUUGCAAAAACGCAUAAGCGAACUAGAGACGGAUUUAAGCCAAGAGAAAGCCCGUGCCCUACAGAAUCUAUACGAAGCCAAUACGAAGCAUAAAGAAGAAGUAGACCGCCUUAACGAAGACAUUGCCGACCUUCAGGAUGAGAUCACCCGGGUCCGUAGGGAAGCCACGGGAGGUCAAUCAGCGUCUGCAUCGUUGGAGCGAGAAAUGGAGCGUCUGCAGAAGCGCGUCAAAGAACUUGAGACAAAUCUUGAUCACGAAAAGGCGAAUGCUCGAGUUCGACAAUCCACUUCUGGAGAUGAAUCCACUUCAUUACAACGAGAGAUCACUCGUUUACGGAGCCAAGUUGGCGAUCUAGAACUCAAUCUAGAUCAAGAAAGGAGUCAUGGUCGUCAGAUUGAGCGGGAUGUCCGCAACCAGCUUAAAUCUGAAAUUGACCGUCUCAACGAUGAUAUUUCCGAACUUCACGCCGCUAUUCGCGAAAAGGAUAAUCUCUAUAACAACGACAGCGAAAAGUGGGAGUCUGAGAGGCGUAACCUGGAGGCGCAAAGAGAUCGCCUCGAGGAGCGGGCCACUGGACUUGAAAGGACUAUCGACCGGUUACGCGACGCCGAGGGCACGCUCUCUAGCAAAGAGAUGAAGCUACAAGACGCUUUGAACAGCGAAGCGCAGCGCCAUAAGAACGAGGAGGCCGCACUCAGCCGCCAGAUAGACGAUCUACGACAAGACUUAGAAACACGGCAAUCAUCUCUAACGGCACUACGAAACGAGGUUGCUGCUGUUCGCGAGGACCUUCGGCAGAGUCAGCUGGACUAUCAAGCACAGGCUGAAAAGGUCGAGGCCUUAGAGGAUGAGGUUGAAGUUCUUCAAGCUACUCUGGACGAGGAAUCGGAAGACGCUGCCCAAAAGCUGAACGAAGCUGACCAAGUUUGUCAAGACCUCAGACGGCAGCUUGAACUAGCGAGACGUAAUCAGUCAGAGAGAGCCGAGGAUCUCGGGGAACAGCUGGAAGAAGCGAAUCGGAUCUCUGAAGACCUUAGACAUCAACUCCAAGACGCGAAUCGAAAGCUGCGCGACGUCGAACGCCAAUGCGAACGUCUAAAGCAGCAAGCGGAGCGUGCUACUCGACACGAGUCUAAACAGUCGGACCAGAAAGUAGAGCAGGCCAAUCGUGUUGCCGAAGGGCUCAGGCGAGAUCUGAACCGAGCAACCAGGGAGUCAGAGAAGGCGAAUCGUUUGUGCGAGGAGUUACGCGAACAACUUGAACUAGCAAAGCAGGAUCUAGACUACGCUAGCCCGCUAUGCAAAGAACUCCGCCAAAAGCUCGACCGAGCACGAAACGAACGUGCCGCUUAUAAAGCGUCGACCGAAAAGCUCCGGGCCGACUGCGAGCGGCUGCAGGAGGGCGCAAAGGAAGCACUCGCUUGGAUCGAGGCGAAGAACUCUGAGCCUAAUGGCUCUUCUAUAUCUUACACACCGCAUAUAAACAAGAGGGGCACGAAAGCCAGCUUCCGGUACGGCGACAUCGUGAUGGACGUGGUCGACCAACGGGACCACGAGGCCGUGAUCCGCGCAGCGGACGCGGCAGAGAAACGACAUGCCAAGGAGAUCCGUGGCCUAGCAUUGCAAAUGCAGUGGAUGCAGGCAAGAUGGGAGCGCGAGGCCAAGCUACGAAAUGACGCCGCAUUCGCCAAGAAGUUCGUAGCACUACAACUAGAGAUUGCUGAGGCUUGCAACAAGGCAGACCUACGCAUCCUGAGCAACAUCCACAAGCAGCUGGGCAUCAAAUCACCAGACGCACUGCUCUCGUCCCGAAAACGCGAGCAAUCGGCCAAGAAGGAACCAAGCAAACUAAAGGUUUUUGCCAGCGUAUUCCGAGCCGUGGCGCGCAUGCGGAUCGGCGCUAAGCAAUGGGGCCAGCACGAGCAGACGCGCAAGAAGCUGGUUAAUGCGUGGGAGGAGAGUAAGAGGAGAGAAGAGGAGGAGGUCGAGCUGAUAUAA